UAAAUUUCAAUCACAAUGAAUGAGUGCCAUGUUUUAGAUCUUGUCGAGUCAAUGAUAAGAUUUCAUCUAUACACAGUUCAUGGCUUCCUUAUGGCAUCCAUUUUCAAUCAGUUUAUUUCAUUUGACGCCUCAAGCGAGAAAAGCAUAGGGCAUCUUCAAAUGUAUCUAAAUCAGGUCACGUGAAUGAGUGACGGAGAGGAAAGGUACGUACCUGUUGACACUCGGUGGUCGAGGAAGACCUAAAGCGCAGCGCUUCCUCGAUCACGUCGCGCCCCGAGUCAAAACAAAGUGGGUGGUAGGUAUUUGUUGUGGCUUCCCCCACCACCUCCAAAGCUUGCGCGCACUGCAUUCCUUCGUCUCAGCCUUCACCUGUGACCAGCAUAACGUUUCUAUAAUCUCUCUCAAAGACAGUGAAUAAGGGUACUCUUCGCGCGCCUAUAUUGGACAAUUUGAAGCAAUGUCUGUGCCUUCGUCGUGGCUGCAGAAGCAGCGGAAAAGCGACCUGGUUGGUCUCGCAGAUCAAGUCGGACUCAAAGACUAUGAGAGCUUGAAGAAGACCGAUCUUGAAGUAGCGCUUGAUGAAUUCCUGCGCGCAAACCAGAGCAAGUUUGCUAAUGAAUCGAGUCUGAUGCCUUUUUACAAGCGCAUUGCGGCGGGAUCACCCGUGAAGAAGGAAAGCGUGGCUGCUACUCCUGACUCUGAACCUAAAUCUGCGAAGCCGAGGAGCCGAAAGAUUGUUAAAGUGCGCGACAAUAUCGACUCUAGUGAACAUUCAACGCCAGAAGCGAGUAGAACGGCAAUGGUGACGCGAACUCCUCGCACUAGUUUAGGGUUCCCUUCGCCUGUUAACCUUCCUCCAUCUCCGGCUGCUGUCGCGGACGCCAUUGAUCGCAGGACGGCAGAUGUACGUUCAAAGAUUGGAAAGGCGUGGGAAGGGACUGGCGUCACAAACUCAGCAGAAGGUCUUCGGGAAGUUCUCAGUAGUGCUGUUGGAGUAGAAACUUUGGUACUAUUGAUUGAAGCAUGCGGCCUGUUUCCGGAGGUGUUGCCGCUUCGUUACCCUUUCAAAAUCCCAGCACAGCCAGCUAUUGGACUUCAAUCUGACCUUCCAGUGCCCAUUCCAGACCUGUUCCUAUUGCUGACGAAUUCUUUCUGGGGCCCAUUUACUUUAUGGCUUUCAACCACUCUCCUUGUGCCGCUCGCGUUUGCGUAUUUCUUCAAUCUUACCCUCCAUGCGAAGAGCAGUCACGCGACACACUCCCGAGUUGUGAAGCCUACUUACAGAUUUGACCCAUUGGCUUUCAAUGUCGUCAAAGGUCUGAUCACAUGGCUGGUUUAUUCACAGGGAGUUGGCUUUGGAGGUUGGUUGAGGAGUGAGAAUGUCGCAAGAGUUGAUGCCGCCAUUCCUGGUGGCCAUACCGGAAUUCUGAUUGGAGCAGGAGUUGGUGCGCUCGCCAGCAUCUACGAAGCUAUUCUGAAGAAAUAAUCGAUAGGAUUGCACGACUUCCAGGGGAACAUGUUGCAGAAAAAGUACCGGCUAUGCCACGGUUAUUUUCCACACUCAAAAUUCACUUUUGAAUGUGUUGCAGCGACUUUUAUCUUUGAAACUUUUGGGUCCCUCUCUCGCCCUUUGGCCUUUGUAAUUCUUGGCUUUUCUUUUUCCUGUUUCUCUUUUUCUUUUUCAUUUUUCAAACCCCGAGUCGGCGGUCUUGGUGCUGGCGUUGAUUGAUGACUUGUUCGUGUUUUGUGGACAGUUUUUUGUUGAAAGACAUCAUUAUACUAUGCAGGAAAUUGUAUUUUUUUAAGCAAUUUCAACCAAUGCAAAUACUUCGGGCUCUGCAACCUCAUUGCGGUCUUUGUUGAAAAACUUCCGUUUCUUUGUUGCAAUUGGCCUAAGCAUCUGCACCUGAGAGCUUUUCGGAUUGAAUUAGGAAAUUGGAGAAUAGUUUCUAAAUCGAUCAUCGAGAUCGAAGGAUCGG